UCUAGUUUACUAGCUAGGACAACAUUGCAAGCUGAGUUUCAAGACCCAUCAGGUCUGAGUAUUGUACUCGUAUAAUUGUCCGUUGUGUAAAGUUAUCAAUAAAAAUAUAUCUAUUAUCUUUCUUCUGUUUCAUUAGAGCCCAGGAAUUCCAACAGUUUGUAAACAAUGGAUGAGAAGCUCUUUGUUGCUGCUCGUACAGGGAAUGUGGCAACCCUGCACAAUUUGCCAGAAAAUAAUCCAGCUGAUGGGGAAAAAGCCUUACCAGAGAGCUCCAAGUGGACGCCUUUACAUAUAGCUUGCUUGUCUGGGAAAGUGGAUUUCGCCAGGGAGUUUUUAAGAAGGCGUCCACAAUUUCUUAAACAUGAGAAUCCAGAUGGUUGUACCGCUUUACACUUAGCUUCUUCCAGUGGGCAUUUUAACAUGGUCGAGUUCCUGUUGUCACGUGGACAUGAUAGAGUGCUUUGCAUGAAAAAGGACCAGGAUGGAAGAAAUCCUCUGCAUCAUGCAGUCAUUAAAGGUAGUGUGGAGGUCGUGCGAAAACUGCUUGAAGCUUGUCCGGAGUCUGCUUUAGAAGUGACUGUUCACAGGGAGACGGUAUAUCACCUGGCUGUGAAGAAUCGAGUAUCUGUAUCUGAUGAAUUAUUCUUAGAACUACUCGGAGGACCAUAUACAGAGUAUCUCCUGAAUUUGGCUGAUAAAAAAGGCAAUACAGUAUUGCAUUUAACCUCGGUUAGGAAACAAACAAGGAUAAUUAGUCUCUUGACAGAGUGGCGGCCAAUGUUAGAGGUGAACGCUGUCAACUCAGUUGGGCUUAGACGGCCUAGCUUAGAUGUCAACACCGUCAGAUCAACUGUGGCUCCACGGCCUAGCUUAGAUGUGAACGCGGUCAACUCAAGUGGGCUUACACCUUUGGAUCUUCUAGUGGUUGAUCCCAUCAAUUUCACAGAUAUGAAAAUAGAAGGAAUCAUUAAAUCUAAAGAUGGAAUAAGGUUAAAUGAGAGUCAGGAACAGCGUGAACAUUUGAAAAGUAUAGCAAGCGGGCUUUUGGUGAUGGCAUCGCUAACUGCAGCAACUAGUUGCCAGAUUGCUGUCUUCCUAAAAGGAGGUUUUGGGGAAAACUCCUCGGCCCCAGUUGGGAAUGUAACUUCGAUUAGUUCCAACGCAACUGCUGCCAUACAGAAGCUCGGGAAUGCAACACUCCUCAAUCAACAUGGUGCUGAUCCAACAUCACUUCCUUAUCUCUUGGUGCCCGUGGACGGAGUAACCUUUCUGUUGUCUCUCUGUCUCAUAUCAUUUGUGCUGUUCCCAACAUCUAACAAUAAUUCUAUCCGUUUCAAAUGGCUAUGCUUACGCUUUCUGACUUACGCAAGCACGCUAUCGCUGGGUGUGUUAGUUUGGAAACUGGUGCUUGCUAGAGAGAACAAGGAAAUUCAAGCUAUUUUAAGCUGGGUUUCUCUGCCUUUUUUCUCUAUUAUUCUGGUGUUAAAUGAAGUUCCUUUAAUCCGCGCUAUGGUCUGUCAUAAAAUAAUUCGGUGGCAAGAGUUGUACGUAAGAGGGUUACAAUUGGGCAGUUGGCUUGGCCGUUGGUGGAACCAACGUUGA